AAUUAAUGAUAAAGUGGAGAUGAAAUAUAUUUGGAAUAUUCAUUUUACAAGAAAGAAAUGAAGCAAACUAUUGGAGUGAAUGUUGUUUCAUUUUUUUUUCAUUUUGAAGAAAGUGAACUUUUGAAGAUAAAAAUGAAGCCAACCGUUGGAGAUGCUUUUAGAAGGCCCCAAAGCGAAAAUGAAUCAUUGAUAACGCCCAUUAGCAUGCUGUUUUUUUAAUAGAAAAUAAUGUCAAUCAUUUAAGAUGAUUUAAAAUCUACAUUAUAAUAGGGCAGUUGCAUCACUCCUGAUGCGACACGUCAGCGAUAUGUGGGUCCUACUUUUAAAAAGUAUGAAAAAAGUGUCAAGUCUGUGACUCGAACCCGGAUUAUUAAGAUCUAAAUAACAACAUUUAUAACACUGAGCUCAAAGAUUCUUUAUACAUUGAUGGCUGAAACAAAUAUAUAUUUAUGAAGGUCGGAAACUUUUGUUUCUUCGGUUUUCUCUGUGGGAUCCAAACUUAUUUAUUUUAUCUAAUGAUUUAAUAAAUACUUUAUAACUCACUUUUUGAAAUGGGAUUCGUAAAAAAAAAGCUCAAUAAACCUCUUUGGUCUGUAAGCGUUCUCUUCAAUGGAAGUUUAGGGCUUUCAAUUUUUAAUCAUCGGUUCAUGACUCAUCUAAGAAACACAGAUUGACUCUUUGAGUUUCAUGAAUCAGUUUUUCUUCUUUAGUCUCUACAUCUCCCCAUCUUUAAUAAAUUCAUCAUCAGUUCUUUUAUUUUGCCUAAAUAAUGAUUGUAUGGUUUUAAUUUUCUUUGGUCAUCCUUAGCUUGCACCCUUUGAUCUAACCAAGAAGAAGAAGAAGACAUUUGUCGUUCAGGAUGCCAUCGAGGACUCAGCUGAGUCACACGGGAGACAUACUAUCUGUUGCCUGAUUGUUCAAGAAGAGUUUAUGUGAUGUGAAACAUAUUUGUUUCUUUUCAUCAGUUGCUUUGUUUAAUCUUUUUUUCCUGCAAAUAAUGAUGGCUUUUACAGUUUAUUUGCGGGAGCCAAGAAGUUAAAAAAAGAAGAAGCCAGUGAGUGUUUGACAUUUUCUGUCUUCCUGAGUUUUUUUUUCCAUUCAUUAAACUUGGAUUUUGAAGAUUAUGUGCCUCACAUUCUUUUUAUUUUGAUGGUUGUUAGGUUGAAUGAAGAUCAUUGAAUAAAGAAAAUGUCGAUGCUCCUGAAGAUUUGGAGGGUACUUUAUAUUUCUUUCUCUGAUAAUUCUAGCGACAUAAAUUUGAACCUUACAGAGAGUAUAUUGCAGAGUAUCCUAAUGAUGAGGAAGAGGUGGAUGGAAUUGAUCUGCACCAGCAAUGUUACCCGUGGGAGGGAAGUGACAUGGAUUACUUAUACGACGAGGUAAGCAUAUCAUUAGAUGGUUUGCGGUCCAUCUUUGAGAGCCGUCGAUUGUAAGUGUCUAUCGUUUUGAAGUUGUACGACACUAAGAUGUAAAGAAUUACUAAUCACGAUUACCUUACUAGCAAAGUUCUUUUGCACAGCUAUUGUCAAUGGAAUUAACACUGGAAAUUGAUGGUGCUAUAUUUCAUGUUCCAAAUGCUAACGCAAGCUCCAAUGUUGAUUCUCAGCUUUAACAUGCCAAAAUCACAAUGCAGUGGGUGUUGUAAGGUAAUUCAGUAGGCACAAAUGUUCAGUUGAAAAAAAAUUCUAAACUGUAUUUAUGCAUCAAACUUAUCAUCCGUAACAUAAUAAUAUGUUUUUUCUGUGCUAGGAAACGUUUGUAAAUAAAUGUCUCGGAUGUAUAUGACUGCUUAGUUUGUUGCUUUUGACAGUGAAAUCACUAAGCUUGCAAUGUGUCAGGACAGCAAAAGCAUCUUAGCUGAUGGUUAAGCUUUACAAUUUCGUUGGUUUCUUUUUCCUAUUAUGUUGGAUGGAUUAUUUUAGCUAACAAAUAUCGCAACAGAGCUGGCAAUAACUCUAAUAGAUUUAUAUAUACAUUUAGAAUUGGAAGUUUGGUGAGAACAGGAACAAGUACUUCUGUCACGCUAUUGAACAGUUAUACGCCAUUUCAAGAGAAUUGAUUUCUUAUAUUUUCCAUAAUCAGUAAGAUUUUAACUGUUUUGUCUACUUUGCAUUCAUACCUCAUUCUCCAUCUAACUUCUCGGUGCUACUAUAUAAUGAUCAAGUCAUUUUCUGCACAAAUAGGCAAGUGGGGAUGUUACGUUGGGUGCUUGGUUUAUUGGGCUUGGCUAUACAAAGUCUGUUGUGACUCUAAAACUUUUACCUCACUUAAUAUUGAUUCUGGUUCUUGAGAGAAUUGCAGAUUGUGAAAGAAAGGCACAAGCAGAGAACAUAUGUGUAGCUGCGUUCGACUCGACAUGUACCGGUAUAUGCAGAUCUGCUGAUCCCAUUGUGGAGGUUAACAUGCAAUGUGUUGACAUGGAAAUCAUUAUUUGGAAGCUAUAUUUCGAGGCAUUUUCUCAACAUAUAAAUAGACCAUAACCAGAGUUUGAUAUUUAUAAUACUCAGUGAUCAUGGAGUCUGCAGAAAACAGUCUUUUUGCAUAUUCUAUAUGGAACCAAAAGAUAUGUCAUUUGUUUGAAGAUUGUAUUAUGAUAGCUACUAACAUAGGAGAUGACUAGAGAAAGAGAAAUGAGUAUGAAACUCUUAUAUGGGUAGCUUUUAUAAACACAUUUGGGUUUAUUAACAGUUGUGACAAGCAAUUAUGUUUAUAGUAAAGGAAACCCGCCGCAGCGUCAAUAACAAAUGCGCAUGUUUUUUGGUUGUUUGGGAUUGAAAUAGCUUAUGAGUUUUCUAAAUCAAUAUAAUUGAUUUGACUAAAGCUAUCUUGGAUGACAAAAAGAAGGAUUGCAAGUUUAAUAACUUAUACUUUAGACUUUAAUUUCAACUAAAUUAUAAUCAGUCUUUUAUCCAUAUCAUCUUAGUUAUAGUCGUAAGGAUUUAUUAGAAUAAAUAAACAGUUUCAACAAUAUUUAAUAUGUGAUUUAAUAAACAAAAGAACAUGUAGGAUUUUUAGGAUCUAAAGAGAUUGAAGACAAUAGUUAAUGAAUAUGAAAAGAAUACGAAGCAGGUGAUGAAAAUGAUUCGAGCAAAUUAGUGGCAACAGAGAGGUAAGCGAGAUAAAAAUAUCAAUCAAUAAAGAAUGAAAGAAGAAUGAGCAGGGUUAAGUUAUUGCACAAGCCAAAACUAAGGCAAAUCAAACGACAGAACGUGAAAACAAAUGUAAACAAGACAAGAAGAGAUGGUGAAGAUAAAAUAUAUUGAAAAAAUGAAUGCUAGAUUAGUAAGCAAGAGAUAAAAAUAGAUUAAAAUGCAAAAGCUCUGCGCCAAUACGCGGUAACGAUCCCUAGUAUAAAAAAUAACCAACUCUUAGAAUCACAUCAAGCCCCUCAUUAUUUUUUUUUUAAUAAACUUUAAAUUCAAACUUUCCUAAAUGUAUUUAUUAAAAUUUGGAGUGCCAAUGAGACUUACAUGUGAUGCCAGCCAGCGUGACGUCCAAUUAACAACAUCUACCGUUUUAAAGAAAAAAUAUGUAUCUACGAGAAAUAAACGUUAGAAAAUGUCAAUAAAAAUUAAACAGAUCAAAACACACGGCAUAUUUUCUAAAAUUAUUUCGUAACUUAAAAAUAAGUAUAUUAAUUGGCCAACUUUUGUAAGUUAUUUGGAAGAUAUUAAAGUCCUGAAAGAAAAUUUUCUCCAAUCAGAUACUGUCCAUGUACCAAGAACGCAAAAUUCAAAGGGGGAUAGCCUAGCACCCAAUGUCAAGAAACAACCGUUUUUCGUCGUUCACAUGGAUCAAUAUCUUCUGGUUUGGUUUACAGAAUCUAUAUGAGUCUGUAUAAAUUGAUGACAAAAAAAAAAGUUGGCUAUCUUCAGAACAUGUAACUUGAAAACAAGUCUAUUAGUUGGCUAUCCUCAGAAGAUGUACCUUAAAAACAAGUCUAUUAGUUGGCUAUCUUCUAAAGAUAAACUUCUUAUUGAAAUUAUAAAAUGUGCUUGGUAAAAAAUAAUUAUAAAUGUGCAAAGUGACAAGUCAUUUUCCAUAUCAACAAAAGGUCAACAGAGAUUGAAAACAGAUGGAGAGUAAAACUCAAGAAGAAGCUUCGAUCAUCAAAGUUUCGUCCCUUCAUUGCAUAGAUCUCGCAAACUCUGAUCUUCGUCAAUUAGCUGUUUCACUUAAACAGGCAUGUCUAGACUGUGGGUUUUUCUAUGUUAUAAAUCACGGUAUAAGCGAGGAGUUGAAGGACGAGGUUUUCAAGCAGAGCAAAAAAAUAUUUGCUCUUCCUUUAGAAGAGAAGAUGAAACUAUUAAGAAACGAAAAGUAUCGAGGCUAUGCACCGCUCCAUGAUCAACUCUUAGAUCCUGACAAUCAAGUUCGGGGGGAUUACAAAGAGGGCUUUUCCAUUGGAGUCUUAUGUCCCAAAGAUGAUUCUCGCGAUAACCCGUUCUAUAGCCCCAACAUUUGGCCUGAUCCCGAUGUUUUGCCUGGCUGGCGGGCGACCAUGGAGACAUUUUAUCAAGAAGCAUUGAGAGUUUGUAAGGCAAUUGCGAGUAUAAUGGAGUUGGCGCUUGAUUUGGAUGUGAAUUACUUUGAUAAACCAAAUAUUCUUGGAAAUCAUAAUGCAGUAAUGCGGUUGCUUCAUUAUGAAGGAAACUCUGACCCCUCGAAAGGAAUAUAUGCAUCUGGAGCACAUUCUGAUUACGGAAUGAUGACCAACUUAGCGACCGAUAGUGUAAUGGGACUCCAGAUAUGCAAAGAUAAGGAUGUGAAGCCUAUGAAGUGGGAAUAUGUACCGUCGAUUAAAGGAGCCUACAUUGUUAAUAUCGGUGAUUUGCUGGAGCGUUGGAGCAACUGCUUACUCAAAUCCACAUUGCAUCGGGUUAUUGGGAAUGGUCACGAACGAUAUUCCAUACCAUUUUUCUUGGAACCAAGUCACGAAUGUAUAGUGGAGUGUCUUCCUACCUGCCAGUCCGAAAACAACCUUCCCAAAUAUCCCGCGAUCAAAUGUUCAACGUACCUCACGCAACGUUACAAGGAAGCACAUGCGGAUUUGAGCAUUUACGAAAAGUAGAUCCAAGUGAUUUAAUAGUCCACGCUUGUCCACGACAAAUACUUUAAUACAUAUGUUUAUUGUUUCUCUUUUUUAUCAAAAUUUUUAACAUUAAAACCCCUCAACUAAGUUUGUUUUGGGUAAAAAUCCUCAAACUAAGUAUUCAAUAAAAAACCCUCAAACUAACGUUAUUUAAUGAAUUAAACUCUAUCAGGUCAUAAUUACCAUUACUACCGGUAAAUCUUUAAUUUAGGGGUUUCUACAUUAAGUAAACAAGUUAAGGGGUUUUACCUUUAAAAUUUUUUAAAAAAAAAUCAAAAUUUUAUAAUAUUAUUUAAAAAUUAGUAACUUUUUUUUGACAACAUAAGCGAUAACUAAGUAACUGAACCGCGCGAUUCAGAAAGCCAAACCGAAAGUAUUGAAUCGACAUAUAACAUAGCUGAAGGAGAACUCCUCGCACCACUUGCAAGCUUGUCCGCCAUAGUAUUUUGUGCUCUUGGAAUAUGUCUGAUCCGGUAGUUAGGGAAGAAAGUCUUACUGCGUCUAAAUUCUUUAUAUAAUUUUUGUUAUAUUUUUUCAGUUUUUACAUUUUUAAUUUAUACAUAUAUAAUGUUGAUGUUAAAAACACAUCAAACUCAUAUAUUUACAAAAAAAAAAUUAAAAAUGUUAAUUUUGAAAAUUUAAGUUACUAAUUUUUAGAUAAUAUUAUAAAAUUUUGAAUUUUUUUGAUUUUUAAUGGUAGAACCCCUCAACUAUGUUUACUUAAUGUAGAAACCCCUAAACUAAAGAUUUACCGGUAGUAUUGGUAAUUAUGACCUGUUAGGGUUUACUUCGUUAAAUAAAGUUAGUUUGGAGACUUUUACGUUAAAUACUUAGUUUGGGGUUUACCCAAAACAAACUUAGUUGAGAGGUUUUAACGUUAAAAAUCUUUUUUAUCACAAAGGAAUUGAUCUUUGUCCUGUUUCCUAAUAUACACCACCGUGAAACAUAGAAUCCAGAAUAAAGUGUACCUAUCACUGAUGUAUAUAAUACUAGGGUUGGCCUGCCCGUAAGACACGGGAAGUUAUAAGAAAAAUUAUUUUAUAGAAUUUUAUGAAGCAUUUAAAAUCAUUAUAAAAAUGAUAUUAUAGAGAAACAAACAACGAAAAUAAUUCUGAGAUCACAUUGUUAUUUUUAAUAAAUAUUUUUGGUUUGAAUUAAAAUGACAGUAACUUUUAUUAUUCUCUAUUUUUAGAGAAUACAGAAUUAGCAAAAAAUAAUUCAGAAAAUGUAAUAAUAUAUAUACUAUUAUUAUUUAUAUUUUGUAUUCUCUAAAAAUAUAUUUAUUAAUAUAUGACGAUCACAAAAGUUGGAAUCCAAGGACUGGAUGCUUUUCAUGGUAAGAGAUUCAACAUCUAUCUGAACUAUGUUGAGAAUGUUAAGCUUCUUUAAGCAUUUUAGGUGAGACAAGUGUAGUAUUUGUUUUGUGUGUUUCUUUUUUUUUAAAGAAUCCUGGGUUACAUUCUUCGAGUGUUUAUCACAAGUCAAAACUUCGUACGAAAUAAUUGAGAAAGACACAAAAAAGCUAUAGAUGAUGAUAAGUCAAUUAUUCAAAAGGUUGAACCAAACUGAGAUGUUUAUUCUUGUUAUCUAGUUCUUUCAAGUCAAAUAAGAAUGGUAACUAGUGCAUAAUACCUAGUAAGUUUAAGCAACGUAGAGUUUAUUAGUAUGAAUCCCGGUUUAGUAACUGGUUUGUAUUGGUUAAGGUUCCUUUAGCUUAACCGUACAUAUAUAUACUGAACAUACAUGUACAUUUCUAAUUAUGAUGAAUAACAAACUUCUAUUUUCAUCUUCUUCCUCGAUUCAUCAUCUGAGCUCAAUCUUGUUUCUCUAUCUUCAUCU